AACUAUAAAUACAAGAACACACGGAGAUAGAGAUGACUUGAAUGACACAAACAUGGAUACAAUAAAUGCAAACUGUCAAGAAGAUUUAGAAAGUUUAUCUAGCAAUUCAUUUGAAAACAUGGAAAGAAAAAAUGUCCAUAACAGUAGGAAAUCAAAAGCAACAAUUGAACAGAAAACGGAAGAUGAUAAGCAGAUCCCAAUUCGUCUCUGGAUAGGCAGACAUUUCACAAAAUUAACAGGAGAAGAAUCAAAAUGCAAUUAUUGUAUUUUAAAAUUUUUUAUUUAUGAUAAUGACAAUGAUUAUGAAAAAUUUCAAUGCCACUUAGUAAAGGAACAUCCAGACAAAUUGGCAGAUGACAAGAAGGAAAAAGAUAAAUUCAGUUGGAUAUGGGAUUAUUAUACAUUAGAAAAUAAUAUACACGCAAUGUGCAACUUUUGUGGCAAUAACAUAAAAUUAUAUAAUAAAUCAGAAUAUACUUUGGAAACGCAUUUAAAGGUAUAUCAUGGGAUAACUGGUGCGGACAGUAAUACGGAUGAUGCGAGCAAUGAUGCAAAUAAGGAUACGGAUUUGUGCAAAAAUACAGAAAAUACAGGCAGCCAGAUAGCCAAGCGUUUCGGUGCAAAAACGUACAAUGCAAUACUUGCUUACGAUGAUGGCAACUUGCCGUAUGUUCGUCUUCAACGACUUUGAAUAUACAGACAUUGAAGCAAUAUAUAGUUAACAUUGUACGUAGAUAUGUAUUGCAUAAUCCUCGAAUUGACCAAAUCUUAUUCUCUCUGCGAGCAAUCGCUUUUAUGUAAUUUAUCGACGAGUGUUUUAUGUAUUCAUCCACUGAGAAUGGUUCAAUGCGUAACCCAAGCGUUUGGGUUUGUCAAAUAAUUAAUUCUAAAUCCAUUAAAAAUAACUUUUUUCGUUUAAUACUAUUAUAAGAUAAUUAUACCAUUAAAUGUUAAUUAUUUAUUUUCAAAAUUUUUAAUAUAAUUAUACUUGUAAGUAUAUACAUAUGAAUGUAGGUUCUCAUUUAGUACAAUAUCAAUAGACUAUGUUGUGGUUUGCUCUUCUUACAAAAAUGUGGUAAAACGUCAACUAGCUUUAAAGAAGACUUUUUUAAUGGAUUUUGCAAAUUAAACUUUGACUUAUUUUAUUAUUAUUUAACAUAAAUUAUUAUUUUGUGCAACAGUAAUUUUUGUUAAAUUGUACAAAAUUAUUUUAUAUUAACCACUACAUUGACAAUUUGUACUAUAGUUGCACAGUGUAUAACGUAUUUCAAAAUCGACGGAUUAUGUUAUGACUUUCACUUCCUAUAGAUGUGACACAAUAUUAACAAUUACUUAGCAUCCGUGAUUUCUUCUGUUCAAAAUCUUGCGAUAUGAUCUUUGAUUUUCUUACACAAGAAUAAUUUAUAUUAUGUUAUAUUUUAUAUCUUACUAUUGCAUUGACAAUUCAUAUAUUAGCUAAAUAUUACGCGAGUUUAAACGUUUAGUUCUAUAAGUCUAUUUUGUGACUCGUGUAACAUUACAUUAGAUUACAAUUUCUUCAGACGUAAAUUUGCAAGCAUUUUGUGUAAAUAUAUUUAUUAAAUUAGAUGGUAUGUUAGUUUUUAUUCGGUAAUUGUAACUCAAAGGACAUAAAAGUUAGAAUGUUGAAGGAAAUACAUCAAGUAUACUUUA